AUGUCUUCGUUGGAUGAAUCGGCAGAAUUGAGAAAACAACGAUUGCGCGAAUUGCGAAAGAUCAAAGAAUCACAAACCAUCAAAGAAGCUCCUGAAGGAGAGAGAAAAGAAGAGCUGAUAACGCAUCGCAAUUAUGAUCCAGAGACACAAGCUCCCCGUAUGGGAUUCGUUGAACCCCCGACGGCAGACGUUACAGUUGAAACUAUUUCGAGGGACAUAGAAAACGAAACGAAACGAAAGAUUCAAGAGCAAGAAAGCAUACCUGAGGAAGAAUUAGACUUAACAACAUUAAGGCCAAAGAAGCCUACUUGGGAUUUGGAAAGAGACUUAAAAGAGAGGAUGGCAGUCUUGGAGCCCAGAAACCAAAAUGCUCGAGCAUAUUAUAUUCGACAAACGAUUGCUGAUAGAGAAAAGAAAAAACAACAGGAACAAGAACAAGAACAUGAACAUACGGCUCUUCCAGUCUCAUUUCAUUAUGUUCAUUUUAUGCUUCUAAAAUAA